UCCUGGUACCACUUGACAGAAGAAGCAACCGGAAGGGGCAGCGUCAUGUCUUACAACGCACUGGCCUUCUGCUUGCUUUGGCUCCUGGCUCUCUCUUCGGCUUGCUACAUCCAGAACUGUCCCAUUGGAGGGAAGCGUUCCAUCCUGGAUAUGGAAGUCAGAAAGUGCAUCUCCUGUGGACCUAGAAAUAGGGGGCAUUGCUUUGGGCCCAACAUCUGCUGCGGGGAAGAGCUGGGCUGCUACUUUGGCACGGCGGAAACGCUGAGAUGCCAAGAAGAGAACUUCCUUCCUACCCCUUGCGAGUCGGGGAAGAAAGCAUGCGGCAACAGUGGAGGAUCCUGUGCGGCAUCUGGCAUCUGCUGCAACAAUGAGGGCUGUAUGGUAGACUCCAUGUGUGAUCAAGAAUGAGAAGCUGCCCAGGAACACGGAUGUUGAGAGCAUUUUUAGGUUAUGGACUUGUAGACAACAAUACCACGCCGAUGGGAUCUAUCUUUCUACGUCAAGUGUAUAUGUUGGACCCGGAUGGCAAAAAGCUUGCGCAAAAUAAAACAUGUACUACUACAACAAAA